AUGUCUGUCGUCCUGGCCGAGCCCUUUGCCAGCAUCCCGAGGGAGAGCUUCCUCUUCGGGCCCUCCCCGAUCCAGGCCCUCCCCCGCAUCUCCCAGGCCCUCGGCGGCAAGGUCAACGUCUACGCCAAACGCGAGGACUGCAAUUCGGGUCUCGCGUACGGUGGCAACAAGACCCGCAAGCUCGAGUAA